UAGGUCAACUCUUUGGGACUCAAGCAAUGGGUUCCAAGGCCACCACUUACCUUGCUCUUUUUCUUCUUCUAAACCUAAUCUUGUUCACUGCCGUAAGUGCCCGUAAGGAGUCCUCAGACACAAAGCCUAAGCACAAGCCAAAGAAACCUAAACCUCCACCACCACCUCCAAAAGUCAAACCUCCUCCGCCACCCCCAAAAGUUAAGCCUCCUCCGCCACCCCCAAAAGUCAAACCUCCCCCGCCACCUAAGAAACCUAAAUCUCCUCCGCCACCACCUAAGAAACCUAAAUCUCCUCCACCACCACCUCCUAUAGUGGUGUCGGUAACUCCCUCACCACCGCCUCCAACACUUCCUCCUCCUCCUCCUCCUACUUCUCCACCACCACCGCCACCCUAUACAGCUCCUCCACCUCCACCAUCACCAUCACCUCCUCCGCCACUGCCACCAUCACCACCACCACCCCAUACACCGCCUCCCCCACCACCUACAGCUGAAAGUCCUUCGCCGCUACCUUAUAAUCCUGAAACUCCUUUGACGCCGGCUCCUAGUCCGGAAACUCUACCACCGCCACCACCACCUCCCCUUGUUACUCCUCCUCCGGAAAGUCUACCACCACCACCACCACCGCCGCCGCCGCUAUCUCCCCCUGUUACUCCUCCACCGCCGCCCCCACCUCCUCCGCCGCCACCACCUACUUGCCCAGAUGAUCCCAUGGUUUUCAAACCGUGUGAACGCGUCAUUCUAUCUAUUGCUGAACCCAGAGGUCCAUGCUGCUCAGUUUUUAAAGACCUUCCAGAUUCUGAAGCAGCUAAAUGCAUUUGCAAUGCCGCAAGCAAAGGAGCUUUUAACAAUGUUGCCAUUCCCCGUGAUGACAACACUCCUUUCCCCCAAACGCUCUUCGGUCAGUGUGGAAGGAAGUUCCCGACGGGUUUUAAAUGUUCUUGAAACAGUCUUAAUUAAGACCAAAUUUUGAGGGAUAGUUUGUAUAAAAGGAAAUGCAUUUGGGUUGGGUAUCGAUCUUUCUAUUGUAUACAUCUUGUGCAUGCAUGCAUGCACACUCGGGAAAACAAGCGUUUCCUUAACAAGUAUGUUGACUUUCAUUUUUAUUUUUUAUUUUUGUUUUGUUUUUGAUUUUAUGUUAAUACGGA